CCUCCUCCCAUACUCUGUAUGCAAGAACAUUUCCGAUUACCAAAUCAAAAUUUUAUUUUCUCGUCAUCCAAACACAACUUUAUCACUCACUUCUUAUUUAUCAACUAAUCAUCUCGGUUCAUUGGUUAAUUAAUGUCAUUAUCAUCUUCAGCGCAGGAAAAGCUAUGAUUCUCUCAAGAAUCCGCCGCUCGCUUUCUCAUUCCACCUUCCGAAUAAAUGUGAUCGGAGGUAGUGGUGCUGGUGUUCGUAGUGUGCCAGUAAAAGAAUCAGUUUCGGUAGAGAAUGCGUGUGGUUCACGCUUUCAUGGAGGGUUAGGGAUUGUAGUUAGAGGCUAUUUAACUUGUGCUGCCGGAGGUGGAGGUGUUGCUAAGCAACUGCUGUUAUCAUCAUCGAAAACGGAUAUUUUUAUUUCCAAUUUUAGCCUUGCUAACCCUAGGCUUCGGCUUUUCUUCUCCAGUGAAGCUUCAAAGAAGCGAAAUUAUGAGAAUUACUAUCCCAAGAAUAGGAGGGAAAUUCCUAAAGAAAAUGAGGGUAAAUCUGAGCAUAACAAAGAGAACUCAGAUGGUGGUGGUACUGGUGGUGAGGGAAAUCCACAAAAUUUCAUGAAGCAGUUCCAAAACUUUUUUGUGCCUUUGCUAUUCAUUGCCUUUAUGUAUUCAUCAGCUUUCUUUAGUCCUCAGGAGCAGAAGCAGAUUAGCUUCCAAGAGUUCAAAACAAAGCUACUAGAGCCUGGCCUGGUUGAUCAUAUUGUUGUUUCGAAUAAAUCAGUUGCAAAGGUGUACGUAAGGAGCUCAGUAAGGAAUGGAAAGCAAACUAGUAGUGAUGAUGUUGUUCAGGCUCCUUCCGGAAGUAAAAAUCCCAGCCACUACAAAUAUUACUUUACAAUUGGAAGUGUCGAAUCUUUUGAGGAAAAGCUAGAGGAGGCACAAGAAGCGCUAGGAACAGAUCCCCAUGAUUAUGUUCCUGUAACUUAUACAAAUGAAGUAAACUGGUUUCAAGAGUUAAUGAGGUUUGCUCCAACUGCUCUACUUUUAGGAACCCUAUGGUUCAUGGGGAGAAAAAUGCAGAGUGGCCUUGGUGUUGGUGGUUCCGGUGGACGAGGGGGGCGUGGAAUAUUUAACAUAGGAAAGGCACAUUUUUCAAAAAUGGAUAAGAAUGCCAAGAAUAAGGUAUUCUUUAAAGAUGUUGCUGGAUGCGAUGAGGCAAAACAAGAAAUUAUGGAGUUUGUGCAUUUCCUCAAGAAUCCUAAGAAAUACGAGGAGUUGGGAGCUAAAAUUCCAAAAGGCGCCCUUCUUGUAGGACCUCCUGGUACAGGGAAGACACUUCUAGCAAAGGCAACUGCUGGUGAAUCUGGUGUGCCUUUCCUGUCUAUAUCUGGCUCAGAAUUUAUGGAAAUGUUUGUUGGAGUCGGGCCAUCCAGGGUUAGAAGCUUAUUUCAGGAGGCAAGGCAGUGUGCACCUAGUAUUGUAUUCAUUGAUGAAAUAGAUGCAAUUGGUCGAGCAAGGGGGCGUGGAGGCUUUUCGGGUGGCAAUGAUGAACGUGAAAGCACUCUUAACCAAUUACUGGUUGAAAUGGAUGGGUUUGGGACCACCGCAGGGGUAGUUGUACUUGCUGGCACAAAUAGGCCUGAUAUCUUAGAUAAAGCUCUGUUGAGACCCGGGCGGUUUGAUCGUCAAAUUACAAUUGAUAAACCUGACAUCAAAGGCCGUGACCAGAUCUUUCAGAUAUAUCUGAAAAAGCUAAAACUUGAUAAAGAUCCUUCGUUUUAUUCCCAGCGACUUGCGGCUCUGACUCCUGGAUUUGCUGGAGCUGACAUUGCAAAUGUCUGUAAUGAGGCUGCUUUAAUUGCUGCCAGGCAUGAGAGUACACAAGUGACAAUAGAUCAUUUUGAGGCAGCUAUAGACAGGGUAAUUGGUGGCUUAGAGAAGAAGAAUAAGGUUAUUAGCAAGCUUGAAAGGCGGACUGUUGCUUACCAUGAAUCAGGUCAUGCUGUUACUGGUUGGUUCUUGGAACAUGCAGAACCCUUGCUUAAGGUAACAAUUGUUCCACGUGGCACCGCAGCUUUGGGAUUUGCUCAGUAUGUUCCCAAUGAAAAUCUCUUGAUGACCAAAGAGCAACUAUUUGAUAUGACUUGCAUGACACUUGGUGGUCGAGCGGCUGAACAGGUUUUACUGGGGAAGAUUUCAACUGGGGCGCAGAAUGAUUUGGAGAAAGUAACAAAGAUGACAUAUGCUCAAGUAGCAGUUUAUGGUUUCAGCGACAAAGUCGGUCUUCUUUCGUUUCCUCCAAGGGAUGAUGCGUUUGAGAUGAGCAAGCCUUAUAGUAGCAAGACUGGUGCAAUCAUAGACAAUGAAGUAAGAGAAUGGGUGGCCAAGGCAUAUGACCAUACUCUGCAGUUGAUAGAACAACAUAAAGAGCAUGUGGCUCAGAUUGCGGAGCUGUUACUGGAGAAGGAGGUUCUUCAUCAAGACGACUUGACUCGAGUCUUGGGCGAGCGACCAUUCAAGUCGAGUGAACCCACAAAUUAUGAUAGGUUCAAGGAAGGAUUUCAAGAAGAUGACAAGGCGUCCAAAGAAACAACAAAGAGUGGGUCCGUGGAGGAUGAUGGAUCAUCAACCUUGGAACCACAGAUUCUUCCAGCUUAGGGUUUGCAGUAGAUUAUGCUUGUGUAUAUGGGUCCAUUUGUAAGGUGUCUUUGUUUUAAUAAUCCAAAUGCAUUGUACAAUUCAAGAAAUGUGCAAGUUAUUAAAAAAAAAAAUCUAACUUUUCUUAAACUUC